CAUUUUUUCUUAAAAUAUAUGACAUCUUAUUUCGAUUUUUUACAUUUUAUAAGGUUUAAUGGUACUUCCCUGAUAAGUUAAUAUUUGUGACAAUCUAAUCCGCCAGUCGUCGAUAGUCAUGUUCGACAGGCCGCCUUAUACUCUACAGUCGCGACCCAAGCCCACCGUGCAACGCUGUGCGUAUGGUCGGCGCCAUACUGGGCCUGCAGUUUGACAUUAUAGUGCCCGACAUGUUCAACUAUGACCAUCAGACUCCUGAGUUCAGGAAGAUUUAUUUAUUCCAGAUGAACCCAAUGUGCACUAUACCGGUGCUGAAAGACGGGAACCUUAUUGUUUCAGAAAGCCACGCAAUAAUCCUGUACCUCCUGAACAAGUAUGGCAGUGACCACAGGGAGAGACUGUACCCUCCCGACCCGUCCACGCGCGCCACAGUCGACCAGUGCCUUUACUUCGACGCGGGCGUGCUGUUCCUACGAAUGAAAGCAGUCACUCAACCAACAUUCCUGGGUCCUGUCUACCUCGACGGUCCUACCAAGAAGCACAUAUCCGACAUAGAGGAGGGCUACUCAAUAGUAGAGGCAUAUUUGAAUGACAGAAUAUAUGUGGCAGCCCACCAUUUGACUAUAGCAGAUAUUUCCAUCGGGUCUACCGUCUCAGCGUUGAAGGGGAUCUACGAUUUAGAUGAUGAAAGGUUGACGGCACACGGCACGCUGACGGUUUAUUUUCGUGUUUUGAGCGAGUUGCUACGCGCCUCUCGGUGUCAAUGUACGUACACCGCUGACAACAACAUGAGAUUAACAAAAACUUUGUUUAAUCAAGCGUGUUCAACAACGCGCCUGGUUCUAUACAAGCGCGAUGCGAGUCCACCCUCCAACGCAGUCCGUAUGGUGGGCGUCAUACUAGGCCUGCAGUUCGACUACGUGGAGCCCGACCUGAUCAAAGGCGAACACAAGUCGCCAGAAUUUAGAAAGAUAAACCCAAUGGCCACAAUACCUGUGCUGAAAGACGGAAACCUCACUGUUUCAGAAAGUCACGCAAUAAUCCUGUACCUCCUGAACAAGUAUGGCAGCGAACACAAAGAGAAACUCUACCCUUCCGACCCGGCCACGCGCGCCAUAGUUGACCAAUGCCUUUACUUCGACGCGGGCGUUCUUUUCCACCAAAUUCUAGCAGUUUCUAGACCAUCGUUCAGUGGCAAAUCAAACGGCCCCUCCAAAAAGAACAUUUUCGACAUAGAGGAGGGCUACGCUAUCCUCGAAGCAUAUUUAGAGAGUCGGCCAUACGUAGCUGCAGAACACUUGACUGUGGCUGACAUUUCGCUCGGAACUACAACAGCUGCGUUGCAGGGGAUACAUGCUGUAGACGCUAAUAAGUUCCCUAAGACAAAAGCGUGGCUGGAGCGUAUUUCUGCAGAAAGCUACUUCAAGGAGUUUAGCACGCCAGGCGCCGCCUUGUUGGCUAAGAUGCUCAGGCAUUUCUGGAAGCAGAGUAAUAAAUAAACAAUGAUUUCACUGCU